CCAUGACCGGAGAGUAAGUGUCAGUCACAUUCCGGUACUGAGAAGAGCAGUGCGACCGCAGGUCGUUUAAAUGAUACUUUUGAUUGCUUACAUAUACUUCAUGACAUUAUCCACUAAUUAAAGAGAGGCGGUUGCUAAGAGAUGACGAGCAAUGACAUCGCUGAGAGCCUGUGAUGUGCCGGAGGCUGGAGUCGAGUGAGAGAGUCCUGGGUCUGGGUCCCCUCUGUGUGCUCGUCCCCAGCCCACUCACACACAUGUGAAGAGGAGGAGGAGGAGGAGACUGGGGCAUCCAGACAGACACACAGACACCCUAACGAGCAGCGCAGCAGACCUGGAGGCACAGACAGAGAGAGGGACAGAGAGAGAGACAGACAUACAGAGACAGGCAGACAGGCACCGACACGCAGACAGACGGACAGACAGACAGACGGACAGGCAGACGGAAGGACAGACAGACAGACAGUCUGAAAAACGAGCAGGCCGCACACUCACCCCAAUGGCAGCUUCCACCAGUAUCUAUACUGCGUCGUUAACCCCAGGAUCCAGGAGUGUUAGACCCAGGGAGGACCCCCCUGAGGGGGCCAAUAGAGGGUCUCUCUGGGGGGACUCAGGUGAUGGAGGUGGGGGAAAUGAGGGCAGCACCAUCCAGGAGAAGACUCAUGACUUCUUCCAGAUCUGUGACAUUGAGGACAAGGGCUUCAUCACGCGCAGAGACAUGCAGAGGCUCCAUGGAGAGCUGCCACUGAGCGCAGACGAGCUGGAGAAUGUGUUCGACACUCUGGACUUGGACGGCAAUGGAUACCUUACUCUGGACGAGUUCUCCUCUGGAUUCAGUGAGUUUAUAUUUGGACAGAGACUGUCAGUGGGGGACCGGACGGGGGAGGCCAGCCCCUGUGAGACAGCGGCGGAGACCCUGUACCAGAGCCAGUGGGAGGAGCAGCUGGCGGGGAGUGAGGAUGAUGAGGAGAAGCACUUCUGCAUGCUGAUGGACAGCCUGGGAGCCAGCAAUGUCUUUGAGGAACCUGGUGAGGUGCGUAGCCUGUGGGCUCAGCUGAGGAGAGAUGAGCCGCAUCUCCUCUCCAACUUUGAAGAAUUCCUGGCCCGAGUCACCUUCCAGAUCAAGGAGGUCAACCAGGAGAAGAGGGAGAUGGAAACCGCCCUCAAGAGGAAAGCAGCCACGCACGAUGACGAGAUCCAGCGGCUCUAUGAGGAGAUGGAGCAGCAGAUCAAGGCUGAAAAGGAGCGGAUCCUGAUGCAGGACUCUGAGAGGUUCCUGACUCACAGUCAGGACCUGGCAGACCAGCUGACCAGUAAGGAACGGGAGCUGGAGCAGCUCUUCCAGAAAGAGAGGAGGCUGGAGCACCAGUGCCGGGAUCUGCACAGCGAGCAGCACGUGACCAGGGUGGAGAACGUGAUGUUGAAGCAGACCAACGAGGAUCUGGCCAGGGACCUGGAGCACACCAGCCAGGAGCUGCAGGUGGCCCAACAGCAGCUGGACCUACUGCAGGAGCAGGCCUCUCAUCUGCAUGACGACAGGGAGAUGGAGAUGUACCGAGUGACUGAGGGACUGCAGAGAGAGAGAUCCAGCCUGCUGAAACAGCUGGACCUCCUGAGAGAGAUGAACAAGCAUUUACGAGAUGAGAGAGACAUGUUCCAACAGCCCAUGAACUCAAUUAAAAAGCCAGGAUGGAAGCAGAGGUCUGGAUCCAGUACUGUGAAACUCACAGACAGUGAGGCAUUCAGAAGUGAAUAUGAAGGGGAGGUGGCCUCGCACAAGAAGAAGAGCAUGGCGGGGGUGAAUGGCUGCAGCCUGGAGGAGGAGGUGUGCGGGGGCCGGGGGGGCCCCCAGCCCCCCCAGCGAGGUCAUCUCCAGAGGAUCAUCUCCAUCGAGGAGGACCACCUCCCCUAUCUCCUGCAGGAGGAUUACCACGCCGAGCUCCGAGAUUGGAGGGAGGAGGAGGAGGAGGGGGUGGAGGCGGAGGAGGAGGAGGGGGAGGAGACAGAUCUGGAGAUGACCAUUGUUGGCUCCGCCUCCCAGGACGAACAGCAGUGGCAUGGGAAGGAGGGGGGCAGCGGAGAGAGGGCGGCGCCCACUUCACCCCGAGGUCAGCCCGUUGGCAAGGAGACGGUUCCAAAUGAGGAGGGUGCUUGCCUGCCCCCUGACCGGCUCUUUAAGGUGGUCCUGGUGGGCAACUCGAGCGUGGGGAAGACCUCCCUCCUCAGACGCUUUUGUGAUGACUUAUUCUACGCAGGCACCGCUGCCACCGUGGGGAUAGACUACAGUGUAAAGACCAUUACCGUAGACAGCAGCCAGGUGGCGCUACAGAUGUGGGACACAGCAGGACAGGAGAGGUAUCGCAGCAUUACUAAGCAGUUCUUCCGGAAGGCAGAUGGAGUGGUUGUUAUGUAUGACAUCACAUCUGAGCAAAGCUUCACAGCUGUCAGGCAGUGGCUGACCAGUGUACAGGAAGGAGCUGGCGAGGACAUUCCCAUCAUGCUGCUGGGCAACAAGACAGACAAAGACAGUGAAAGAGAGGUCCAGGGCGGAGUAGGAAAGAAACUAGCCAAGGACCACCAUCUGAUUUUCUACGAGUGCAGCGCCUGCUCUGGACACAAUGUAGUGGACUCCAUGCUGCAUUUGGCCAGGGUCCUGAAGGAGCAGGAGGACAGACAGAAAGAGAAGACGGUCAUCCUGGUGAACAGCCCCUCCCAAAAGAAAAGGUCCUGUUGCUAACCAGGGUUGGACUCAGCCAAUCAAGAUGAAGGAACUGGUUCAGGCUCAACCAAUCAGGAGGAAGGACCAGGGUUUUAGUUUAGUUCCAUAUUCCAUUUUUUUUUUUAUUAACUACAAAAUGACAACUUGAAAGAAAAUAUUGAUAGAAAAUUGUUUUGGGUUUUGGAAUUGAAUUUGAAGGCUGAAUGGAAUUGAAGCAAACCUGAGUUCAUGUAUGGACUGCCAGCACCAUUGCAGUGUGCCCACGUGUAUCUCUAGAUCUGUUAUCCACACCAUACUGUACCUCUCAUCCAUAACCCACCCACUCCCUCUCAGUCCACCUGCGGUUAUUAUGGCAUCUGUUGUGUCUACUUACACAACCAUUUUAGAGACUGUCUCACUGUCUCAUUCUAGACAUGGACCAGCCCACCUAAGUCUCACUGCCAGAGGGGCUCGAAUCACUUACAAAUGUGAUAUUGCACUAUUACAAAAAAGUAGAAGUAUUUAUUUUAUGAAAACAAAAUACAAAUGUAUUUUUAUGAAUAUGUAUUUUGAUUUGUGUGGGUACCAUAUCAAUGUACUGGAUUGUAAGUGAAUCACUUGGAAAGAGUUUUUAAGGUUACCAUAAUUACCAGACUGGCGCAGUACUUGCCAACACAACAGAUACCAACACCAGCACAGCAUGCUAAAGGAAUUCUGUAUAACAUACCAGCACACUAGCAAGUUUAACUGUUGCAUAAUUUAAAAUGUGUUGACAACAAGAUUAUUAACUGUGUAAAGAAUAUGUUUAUUAUAUAUUUCUUAUAUUUUCGACGUUUAUUACUUUUCAUAUUACAUCUGCCACGUGUUUUGCAUGUUGAUGUUUUGGAUUGGUCAGAAUGCUGUUUUCAUUGUAUUAAUCCAUUUAUCUAGUCAAACAUUUCAAUAUGCUUCUUUUUUGUUCACUUUAGAAUGUGUUUUGUAAAAUAUUUGUUUUGUUAAAAAUGUGUUGUUCAGAGUAUAUAAAGCACACUAAGAAAUUAGUGUGCCUUUUUAUACACACAUUUUGCUUGUGUAUUGUGCUUUUGAUGGACUAGGGUCACCACAUGUGCCACGCUAAAGCCAAUGUGUUUGCACAAAUAUGUAUAUGUAAAUAUGAAUAAAUAUUGAACAAAUAUCUGUAUAAUAAAGAAUAU